GUGAUAGCAGUAAUACGAGAAAUGUAAUGAUAUUCUCAUUCUAUUUGAACGCAAAUAAAAAUGAAGCAAAUAGAAUAUACUCCAUGACAUUAGAAAUCUUUUUUAAAGUUUGGAUAAAUAUGCGGCAACAUGUUAUCGGACAACAAAACAGUGAUAAAUUAAUAAUUUAUUGGCUUGAACGACAUACAAUGGAACUGCAAGCAGCACCGAUCACAUUGCUAUUUGACAUGUCAUCGUGUUGUUUGCAAAACAUGGAUUUGGAUUUGAUUAAAUUCAUUGUUCGUUCAUGCAAAUAUUACUACCCAAGUUGCCUAACGUCACUGCUAAUUUUCGAAAAUCCGGGAUUGUUGAAAGCAUCCUGGAUACUGUUACGCACCUGGAUGUCACCUGAAAUGCAACGUCUCCUUCAAUAUGUCAGACGUUCUUCACUUUCAGCACAUGUACCACUGCCAUACAUUCCAAAACGUUAUGGUGGCCAGAUCCAAAAAAAUGAAAAAAAUUUAGAUGAUUUAGGUUAUGGCUUUCUGAAUUGUCUUCCUUUUGUUUAUUUGGAAAUUCAGCCUUGUAUGGAUUCAGAACUUGUGGCGCUUCCGCAUCAUUUAGAAAUGUUGGAAGUAAAUUGGGCAAAUUGUAAAAAAAUUUAG